AUGUCCGAUCCGUCCCACUCAAACCGGUCGAGUGCCGAGCCGAGCAGCAACCCAACAAGUCCAUCGCCAUCACCAGCUCCCUCUCCUCCAGACCCGCCCAAGAAGCGGACGAGGGCGAGCAAGCCCAAAGUACGGACCGGAUGCAUCACCUGGGUAAAAUGCGACGAGGGCAAGCCGGCCUGCCUCCGAUGCUCGUCUACCGGGCGAACAUGCGACGGCUAUGACAAAUCUGCCCUCGCGAGGUAUCGUUCGCCCGAUCCGAAUCACUCUGCCGAACUGGCUAGGGCCGAGUUCGUCCGGGCAUGCCAAUGGAACGAGACAUUGCGUUCCAUGAGGCGCAUCGAAGCCGACAUCGACGGCACCGACACCGAAAAGCGCCUGUUUGCCCGCUUCCGGGCGGCUACGGCUGAUGGAACGGCCGCGCAUCUGUGCAACUUUGCCGCCUUCUGGAGGAGGUUGAACCCGUCGACGGGCUGUCAGGACGAGGCUGUUAAGCACGCAGUGGUGGCGUUAGCCGCGGCUUAUCAGCUGUUCCAGUAUCCAAACGAACCCAUCAUCGAGGGCUUCGCCCGCCGUGACCUGGAGGUCAUCACGAUCCAACAAUAUAACCGAUCCAUUGAGAACCUGCAGAGCCACGCCGGCUCGUCCGCUGCUGAAAGCAUCCGCCUGACGCUCGUCUGCUGCCUUGCUUUUAUUUCGCUCGAGACCCUACGCGGGAACCACGAGGUAGCGGUGACCCAUCUCCGGAACGGCCUCCGUAUCCUGCAAUCGCUGCCGGAGCCCGCGUUCGACUUUUGCGCAGCCGACAGCUCCUUGCCCAUAACACCACCGGCCACCCGGGACUCCCUCAUGAUGCCCGACAUCAUCCAGCUUUUUGCUCGCUUCGAGCUGUCCGCCUGCUUCUACACACACGGCCUCCAGCCCGUAGUCUCAGAGCGUGGCUACCGCAUGCGAAACUUCGACGAUGGCUCCCACGACGGCCUCUUCCCGGAUGUGGCCCACGCCCGGGUGGUCAUGGCCCGCUUCCAGCACGAUGUGAUCGCCCGUCUCCACGAGAUCGCUUCCGUGACUGCCGCAGGAGACGAUGCCACAGCCAUCUUCUGGGCAGACACGGUUCAGCAGCGCCAACAAGCUUGCCUCCUUGCUCGUAGUGCCCGUCUCGGGGCCCUGGUGGCCGACUUCUUUUCUCCAGCCCGUCUAGGAGUGCAGGAUCCAGCCGCAAACCCGGAACUCGCCAGCCUGUUCCUCGACCUCCUCCACUUCCGUUGUGCCCAGUUCCUCAUUGGCAAGACGGCCGGUACGGCCGGUACCCCGGGGUUAAGGACCCAGCACCAACAAUCAUACGCCAACCCUUUCAAUGCCGAACAGAGCCUCCUCACCACCAUCCUCCACCUCGCUUCCCGCCUCGCCACUUUACACCCAUCACCACUACCACAAUAUUCCCAACCGCAGCACCACAUGGGCCCCCGUACCCCCACGAACCUCCACACCCACCUCUUGGGGCCGCUCUACCUCGUCGCCACUCACCCAACCGACAACGAAACCCGCACCAGCGCAACCCAUGGUGGUGGAGGGGGCGGGCUAUCGACGAGUAUGCCGCGGGCGUUGUGUGGCGUGGGAUGUCUUCCACCGGUAUGGGAUGCUUUGGUGAGCGUUGGUAGUCUUGGUGGGGUUAAUAUUGGUGGUGUUUGA